AUGCCCUCCCCCUCAUCGAUUUCGCUGUCCACAUCUCUUUUAACCGCAGGAUACCUCGCCUUCCGCGGUCUCACACCCCCAAACCUUCCUUCCAGCUCCAAAGGUAAUGGGCCACCAGACCGCGUUCGUCUGCUUACCGGCUCGAUCACCACCAUCAUACUACAUCUCAAUACGGCCUGCAUCAUCUACCAUGCUCUUCUUGCGCUGUUCUAUAUAGAUCGCAGUAACAACAAUGCUAAGGAGCUGACCAAAUCUGGCGAUGGAGUGUACCUCCAAGCAAUCUGUCCCCACCGGACCAGCCUCGCGCCGCAUCUCUUCACCUGGACUAUCACAUCCACACUCUGCCUCGUUUCCAUCAUCGUGGGCGCUUUGCUUCGGCUCUCUGCAUUCAAGUCUCUAGGCCGGAACUUUACCUUUCAGCUGGCGCAACCAAAUACCCUAGUCACUGGGGGUUUGUACAGAUUGGUACAGCAUCCCAGUUACACAGGGAUGUUGUUCGUCGCAGCAGGAUACCUGGGAUUGGUGAUGCGAUGGGACGGUUCAGUGGCCUGUGCUAUGGAUGAUGCGGUGCUUGAGCGACUAUCCGGAUGGGGAGGAUGGGUGGUGGGUGUGAUGGUAACAGUGUUUAUCUAUACAAUGGUGAUGCGCGUGCAAGACGAAGAGGGGAUGUUGCGGGACCAGUUCGGGCGGGAUUGGGAGGAAUGGCAUGUGCGGACGGCGCGAUUCAUCCCAUAUUUAAUAUAG